AUGAUAAACGCAGAAGAAAUAUGUAGCGAGAAUCAAAACACGGAAGAAAAAAAUGAAGCUAGUGAUUAUCAUGAUACAGUAACCCAUGAAAAUGGAAAACAUUACCAAUCCCAAUUAAGUACUGAUGAUAAUGUUUCUAAUGGAGCUGUAUCGUAUGAGGAUAUUGGUGCCAAAGAGAGGGAACAGGACGAAAAUGAUUCACCAAAUUUAUCAAGGGAAAAUUCGUGUGAAGAAGCAGACACUGCUAUAAAAGGGGGUAGUGAUGAAAAUGAAGCAACUGAAACGGAAGCAGUUGAGAUGAAAGUGAUUCAGAAUGAAGCAACUGAAACGGAAGCUGUUCAGAUGAAAGCGAGUGAUACUAAAACGGAUGAACCACAAGCGAAUGAACGCCAAACCGAGGACCACCAAAGGGACGAUGACCAAACGGAUGAUGUAAAAAAGGAGGUAAGCAUCGAACUCCUAAAAACGUGUGAUGCUCUAAAAAAUUUGGGUAAUAAAUAUUUUAAUGAAAAUAAUUACCUGCUAUCUCUAAAAUAUUACACGAAAGCCAUUGAUCUAAUAAAAAAAAUGUAUGAGAUUGAUGAUCCUAUAUACACGAAAAUCCUGAACAGUAUAAAUAUAGAAGACUUACCAGGUGACAUUCCAUUAGAGGAGGAAGACGUAGAAUUAUUACGUGCUUUUUUUCAGAACAGCGCCAUCUCAAAAAAAAAAAAUUUUAUUAGUAUAAAAGAAACAGAUAUACACAUAUAUUACACAAACAGAUCAUUUUGUCAUAUGAAGUUAGAAAAUUAUGGCUCAUCAAUCGAAGACAUAAAUGAAGCUAUAAAAAUUAAUCCAUAUUAUGCGAAAGCUUACUACAGAAAAGGGUGCUCUUAUUUAUUAUUGUCUGAUUUGAAAAGUGCAUCCGAUUGCUUUCAAAAGGUAUUAAAAUUAACCAAGGAUAAAAAUUCCGAAAUAAAAUUAAAGCAAUGUAAAAAAUUAUUAUUUGAACAACAGUUUCAAAAAGCUAUUGAGUUAGAACAAAAAAUGCCAUAUUACGAAACACUAGUUUUAGAUUCUCUUAAAAUUGAAAACGCAGGAGCACCAAUUUAUGAUAGGAAUAAUUUAAGCAUAGAGUUUUUAAAAAAGGUUGUGGAUUACAUAAGUGUACCCAAUCAAAAAUUAAAUAAAAAAUGUGUUUGUGCUAUCGUUUUAGAUAUUAUUAAAUUACUUAAAGAACUACCUACAUUAGUUCGCUUAAAUUUACAACCAGAAGAAACUUUAACCAUAUGUGGUGAUAUACACGGCCAAUUUUACGAUCUAUUAAAUAUAAUGAAAAUUAAUGGAUACCCAUCAGAAAAUAAUUCAUAUUUGUUUAAUGGAGAUUUUGUAGAUAGGGGAAGCUUUUCCGUUGAAGUUAUUAUCUUUUUAUUUUUAGCAAAACUAACUUUUCCACAUAAUGUACAUUUAACACGUGGAAAUCAUGAAACUGAUAAUAUGAACAAAUUAUACGGGUUCUUGGGGGAAUUACAAGAAAAAUAUGACGAAAAAAUGCAUGUCUUAUUUUCGGAUUCCUUUAAAUUUCUACCCUUAGCAUAUGUACUGAAUGACUCCAUUUUUAUAUGCCAUGGGGGGAUACCAAGUAAAACUGAAACAACUUUGGAAGAUAUUGAAAAAAUUGAUAGAAACACAGAACCCUUGGAUGAGGGUAUUAUGACAGAUUUGUUAUGGUCUGAUCCAAAUGAAGAAAAUGGAUUUAAGCCCUCCAAAAGGGGAAUUGGAUUUUCAUUUGGUAAGGAUAUUACAGAAAGUUUCUUAAAAAGAAAUAACUUAAGUCUUAUAAUUAGAUCACAUGAAGUUAGGGAUGAAGGAUAUUCGAUUGAACAAAACGGAAUGCUUUACACUGUUUUUAGUGCUCCUAACUAUUGCGAUAUUAUGAAAAAUAAGGGAGCCUUUUUAAAAUUUAAGGGACAAUCGAUUAAACCGAAAUGCGUCACAUUUACUGAAGUGUAUCACCCCAAUGUACCGUCGCUUAAAUAUGCGCACAAUUUGUAUCAAAAUAUAUAA